CCAAUCAGAAGCGCGGGAGAGUGAGUUGGACCAAUGGAAACUCGGCGGGAGGUGGCAAAGCGCGCAAGCGCAGAUUGAAGGGACUACAUUUCCCAGCACACCCCACUCCCCACCCAGCGGAGUCCAAGGCCUUAGCGGCACCCGCGUAGCGCCGGCGAGGAAGGGCUGGGGUAGGUCCUUGCCUGGCAGCAAUAGGCUUUUGUGCCGGAGAGAAGCAGGAUGGCUUCUGGGGGCUCCAGUUCCCUGCACACCAUUCAUGGUGCCCUGCAGGAGUGUUUCCGUGCUCUCCAGGAGCAACAUGAGGUUUGGAAGAGAGUGCUAGCUGCCUGCACACCUCUUCUCAGUUCCUUGGCCAACCUGGCUGAGCAGAUGCAGGCCUCCCAGAAGGUCUCCUUUGCCAACACCCCCCUGCGAGACUUCCCAGAUCUGCCAGAGAGGCUGAGGCACAAGCAGCAAUGUGCCAUGGAGGCUUUGCUGGAGGUGCUGCAGCAGGACCACCUAAUGGAGCUCCAGAAAGUGAGGGAUACUGUUGGGGUCCGUGUGGACAGCGUUUUCCGGCUCUGUGAGCAGCCAGGAGAUGGCCUAAGCCUGGAGACGACCUUCCAACGCUCUGCAUCAUGCCCCUCAUUGGCGGACAUGCUGGAGUGGCUUCUGGAUGUUGAAGAAUUUUACCAUCGUGUAUACUUGGGGCUCAAGUUUCUCCUCCUUCAGGUUAGCUACACGAAUCUGAUGGAGAUGCAAGCUCUUCCAAAGGCCUGGGAGCAGGUGCUACAGCAGGGCCUCCAAAACACAGUAGAAGAGCCCUCUUCUGGUCUGUCUCUCAGAAGUGUUGCUGAAGGUCUCCUACUUUCUGGAAGCGGUGUAAGGACAUGGAACUUGCUCAUCUUCCCAAGAGAGGCCAGCUUUCCCGGGACAGCUCACCACCAUGUGAAGAGGCCCAGACCUUAAGCAGGGCUGCUUUUUGUUUUCGGAUGGAGCUCCCCAGCCCCGCAGUCAGAAGAUGCACAAUUCCGGAUCCU